AUGUCUUCCUCUCCUCCCGUUUCCUUCGGAUGGUGUUCUCAGACUGGGAUGAAACCGGAGUCUCUACGCCGAGAGUUGAGACCAUUAGACCGUUUCAUCACCAGCGGAUAGUAGGAGGGCAGCUGUGAGUUCAUGAAAUGUGUACCGGUCAAUGCGCUUUAUCCAACCGCUAGAAGCGCGACUAUGGCCUGUUAUUUGUGUGACAUUAGAUAAAGGGAGUGCACCUUGCGUCCGGGAGCAUGGAGGUGACGUAUGCUGCAGUUUGAUGCGUAGAAACACUGCUCACGGACAAAGAUGGAUUUACCUCGUCGUUUUCCGGACCCGCUACUCAACCCGAUGUUGUUCAAUGACUCCGCGGCACCCAUCGGUAUGAAUGAAGCGCGUGCGGCUGGGAGCGGGUCCGGCGCCAUGGCAACCAGCGCGCUGAGAAACGAUUUGGGCUCCAACAUUCAUGUGUUGAAAACACUCAAUCUCCGCUUCCGCUGCUUCCUUUCCAAAGUCCACGAGUUAGAGCGUAGAAAUAAGUUACUGGAGAUCCAGCUACAGCACGCCCAGGAGCAGUCCCGGUACCGACUGGUGUUUUCCCGGGACCAAGCGGUCCAGACGAGCCUCGAGCCGCCUCACUCGGACGCAUGGUGUCAUUCGAGACUCCCCGGUAGGAUCUGGAACUUCUCACACAGCGGCCGAUACGGAGGACGCUUUGAGACGCAUCAGGGGCCUGGAGUGUCCUGGACUCACCCUGACGGUGUCGGGGUUCAGAUCGACACCAUCACACCUGAACUCAGGGCCUUGUACAAUGUUUUGGCCAAAGUCAAGCGCGAGAGGGACGAGUACAGGAGAAACUGGGAGGAGGAGGUGUCUAAACGUCAGCAGAUGGAGUCUUUGGUGGAGACAUUACAGGAGACUGUUCAGUCAUCCGAGGCUGUGCAGGGAGAACUGAAUGAGAAGAUGGAACGUCUUAAAACAGAGCUAGUGGUCUUCAAAAGCCUCAUGCCUCAUGAUGAAGUGUCUGACUUGGACACUAGAAUCCAGGAGAAAGCCAUGAAGGUUGAUAUGGACAUCUGCAGGCGCAUCGACAUCACAGCCAAGCUUUGUGACGUGGCACAGCAGAGGAACUCCGAAGACAUGAGCAAGAUACUGCACGGUAGCCCAUCCAGAGCUCCUCCCGAACAGAAAGGGGGGAUGGCAGUAUGCAGGAGGAAGGAGUAUAAGGGUGAAUCAGAGGAGCAGAGUGUGGAGACUGAUGGGGAAUCUGCUCAAAAGGAGGAGGAUGUGCCUGGUUCUCUCAACAUCACUGAUGAGAUGAAGAGGAUGCUCAACCAGCUAGGUUGCUCAGCUAAUUGGUUUGUUGGCAGGCGGGAAACGUUCGAGUUUGACGAUGACUGUGACAGUCUGGCAUGGGAGGAGACGGAGGAGACGCUUCUGCUUUGGGAGGAUUUCAGUAACUAUAACAGUCUGAGCGCUGCUGGCACAGUCACCGCAGCAUCCUGCACAUCUGACUCUCACGCAGAGACACAUGAGCAGGAUCGAAGUCUAGGAAGCCUCAUAAACGAAACCGAGUCCCUCUUUAAGACCAGAGACCAGAAGUACCAGGAGACCAUCGGUCAGAUUGAGCUGGAACUGGCCACAGCCAAGAAUGACAUGAACAGACACCUGCAUGAGUACAUGGAGAUGUGCAGCAUGAAGAGAGGGCUGGACGUGCAGAUGGAGACCUGCCGGAGGCUCAUCCAAGGCACAACCACCACCGGCAGGCAAUCGCCCUCCCUCAGCUCUGUGGCCAGCAGUGAUUCAGGAAACACCGAUGACAUCCAGGACGAGCUGGAGCCUGAUGGAGAGAAAGAAGAGCCGGUAGAGAUGAAUGGAGAAGCCAGAUGAUGAUCAGCCCUUCAUCUUCCGGGUUUCUCUGCUUCUCUGUGACUCUUUUACAUGUCUGGUGACUUUUUCUUACAUAGUACAGAGGAGUGUGUAAUUUCGAGAUUCCCAAAGAGCAAGUAUUGGUGCUUUAUAUGCUGUCUUAGAGCAGGACUUGUUCCCUCUUCAUCAGCACUGCCAAGGCAUGGCUUUAACUGAGGUGACACGCUUUAUAAUAUGAUGAUUACUAUAUAUAAUAAUGCAUAAUAAAAUAUAUAAAUAAUACCAUAUUUUAUUACGCCAUUUCUGCUAUCUAUAUCGCUCAUUUGUUUACAUAAAUCUGAAAGGCAAGUUGCACAACCACAAUCAGUUUAAAUAACAGAUUAAAACCCCGUUAUAUCACUCUACAUCAAGCUCUGGAAUAAGUUCAGGCUUUUAUCGUCACAAUAGUCAAUAGGUCAGCCACGCAGUAUGCUUCACAAAAACAUCUCUGCGCCGAGUCAGUUCAGAUGUUUUCAUCACAUGCAGUUGUUGCUGAACUAAACACUGUGCACUAAGAUCUAUGCAAUAAUCUGGACCGGACUGGCAUUGUAUUCUGUGAUUCUCUUUGCUGGAGACAGAUUCAGUAUGUGUGAGGUGAUUCGCCUUAAGUGCAGUUUUUCCCUUGUUUUUUUUGUAUUGGCUCUUUCAGUGUUGGAGCGUAGCAGUAAAACCCAAACUCUUGUGCCUACAAAUAUGCUGUAUACAGUGUCUUAGUUGCCUUAUAUUAUUCUCUGAAUAUUCUGAGGACAUGCUUUUGCUAUGUUAUAGAUUAUUAAAUCCUCAUAUCCUAUCCCUGAUGACGUCGAAUUUAUGUCCUUAAGAUGUUAAAUUGUGUAAGGUUUUGGAUGAUCUCAAUAUUUGGAAGCCAUACAGUACAUAUAUCUGUCCUCAGGUGUUGGGAGGUUUGGUCAAGCUGCAAAAUUGCUACUGAACAUUUGCUGUUACUUUUAGUACUAAUACGUGGGUCAUACUCAGGAAAAUAUGCUAUUUGUGCUGAAAAUUCUGACUUGUUUUUGUUUCUAAAAUAAUAAUAUAUAGGUUUACAAGUUACAAUACCAAUUAUCAAAGUACUUCUGCUAACCUUAGAGCGCUACAUUAUUUCUACCACAUCACAAUAAAAAAUACAUUUGGUAUACUUAUAAUAGAGAACUGAGUAGAUUCUGUAGAUUUAGUAUCACUCGGUUUCAUUGUGCCUUGAAAUAUAUUUAUGAAAUAAAAAAGAACUAAUAAUAUUAAUAAUAACAUUUUGUCAGAAAGAAGAAAUGUCACAUGGGAGUGCAAAUUCUGCAUUUCUACAUCUUAAAAUACAGCAGUGAAAGCAUGAUAUGUACAUUUCUAUAAAAUUCAAAUUUAGUUUAAACAAAAAAAAAUACUAAUAUAUUUUUUUCCUAAGUGUAAUAGUGAUAACAUUUCAUUAAAAAUGUUUUACUUAAAAAAAAAAAAAAAACACUGUAUAUUUUGCAUUACAAACAGUCAAACUGAUUGAUUGAUGUGACUGAAGAAGCACGCUAUGUCAUCACUUCCUGUGAAUGACCCACACUGUCCCCCUCUCCAAAAUAUGUUUUUUGGCUUAUUAUUCAAGAGGUGGCCAGAAAAAAAGAAAUGAUUAUGUAUUAUUUAUUUAUUUUAUUCCACAUGUGUGAUUUCAGUUUUGAAACCAGAUGGAUGUUCAUGUUAUCAUAUAACUCGUUUUGUUAAAUAUAUUUCUGUUACCUUUGUUUUUCUACUUGAUCAACGUGUAUUGAUCGAUUGAUGAAAACAGUAUCUGGGUGAUUGAGAUUUGCUAUUAUUGUCUUUUUAAUUAACGGAAAUGAAUCAUUCCAUGUUUUACUAUCCUAUAUAUGGGUAUUCAGAAGGUAUAUGUUGAUACAGUUUAUGAUUUAAUAUUUCUUGCCUUAAAUGUGGGUCAUUCUAAUAAAAUGUAUUGGUUUGUGCUGUACACAAAAGAAAUCAGCUGACUGGUCUUGUGCUGAAAUCAGCAUGUCUGAGAAUGUCUGGAAAUGAGAGAGUUUUUGGAAAUCUGGAGGACUAUGCAAGUCUUAUGGAACUGUAGUCUGAUUUUAUGCUAGUUUUAAAUAAAAAAAAAGUUUGC